GAAGCCGGAAGUAGCCGCAGCCCGCAGAUCCGCUCGGCGCCCCAAAAAGCGGAGCUCGCUCCCCGUUCUCUGCUCCCCGCGACCAUGGCGGGGGUGAAAGCCCUUGUUGGUUUAUCCUUCAGUGGAGCCAUUGGUCUAACGUUUCUUAUGUUGGGAUGUGCCCUAGAAUAUUAUGGUGUGUACUGGCCCCUGUUUGUCUUGAUAUUUUACAUCCUUUGUCCCAUUCCUCACUUCAUUGCAAAAAGAGUAAGCGAUGACACUGAUGCAGCUAGCAGUGCCUGCAGGGAAUUGGCCUAUUUCUUCACAACUGGAAUUGUUGUUUCUGCCUUUGGAAUGCCUAUAAUCCUUGCACGUGUUGAAGCGAUCAAGUGGGGAGCCUGUGGUCUUGUGCUAGCUGGCAAUGCAGUCAUUUUUCUUACCAUUUUAGGCUUUUUUCUGGUAUUUGGUAGAGGAGAUGACUUUAGCUGGGAGCAGUGGUAGGACUUCACUAUGAUGUUGGUGAUAUGCAACAUACAUGUUUAUAUACUGUAUAUAUGUAUGUGUGUAUGUUGGAAUGUUUGUGCCUGCACAUGUAGCCUUAUGCUAUCCGAACAUAAUAUGCUUUUUUACACUUGUAUGUCAGCCAAAUUAAGGGGAAAAGAGCCUUCUGACAGCUUUUUAAAUAGGUACAGAAUAAGCUGAAAUCACAAUAGCUAAAUCUGUCCUUAAAUCUUUGUUUACACAGUGUGCACUAUUUUAUUGAUUUUUAGUUUUUAAUUUUGAUAUAAUACUAUUGGAAUGUAUGUUGGGAGUCAGCUAACAUAGCUGACAUUUUUAACAGCAUAAUCAAAAUGGGCCUAUAUAUUGACUGCACAGUUUAGUCUCCUGGUUUCGCUAACUUGAUUAACUUCUGUUUUGUGACUAGAAUGGAACAAAUAUUUGCCUUUGUAUUCAAAUAAUUGUAAUUUUCAGUAGCUUGUUCUCUCAGUUUAAAAAAAAAAAACCCAUUGAAUACCUAUAAUAGCUGCUGCCAAGUAUCUCUUGUUCAAUCCACAAUAAAGGGAGAGUGAGAAGUAUUGGAUGUUCUAGGAGGCUAUGUUCUAAUUUCUCUGCAUUCUCAGGCUCACCUUUGUAUUAAUGGCCCAUAGUGCACUACCAGAACCACAUCUGGUCUUGGAUCUCACUACAACAGGUAAAGGGAAAGGAGAUUCAACAAACACCCUCCCCUACACUCCUAUUCAGCAUUCAACAAAUAAAAAAGGAAAAUAUUCUGUUUUCAUCCCACUCUAGUUGUAACCGUGGGUGUAUGUUGGGGGUAAUCUGAUAACUCCAUUUUAAUGUCUUACCGUGUUAUAAACUGACAUUACUUCUUACCGUAUAUACUUGUUCAUAAGCUGAAUUUUUUUAGUAAAAAAGGGAAGCAUCAGAGACGGGGGUCGGCUUAUG